AGGUUGCGUUCGUGAUUGUGCACAUUUGAGAGAGACUUGUCAUUGUUGAUUGGAGAAGAAGGAACGCUCGUUCGUUCUGUCGCGACAAAGCGAAAAUUCUGUUGCUGAAGACGAGUAAUCAGUGUAAAAGUUGAAUAAUACAUCAGAAUGGACAGACUGUUGCGACUAGGCGGUGGGAUGCCAGGCCUAAAUCAAGGGCCACCACCUUCUGAUGCACCCGUUGUAGACACAGCUGAGCAGGUGUACAUAUCGUCCUUGGCUCUUUUGAAAAUGCUUAAGCACGGCCGUGCCGGAGUACCGAUGGAAGUGAUGGGUUUGAUGUUGGGUGAAUUUGUUGACGAUUAUACUGUUCGCGUUAUCGACGUCUUUGCUAUGCCGCAAACAGGAACGGGUGUUAGUGUAGAAGCUGUAGAUCCAGUGUUCCAAGCAAAGAUGUUGGACAUGCUAAAACAGACUGGUCGGCCAGAAAUGGUAGUUGGCUGGUAUCAUUCCCAUCCAGGAUUCGGAUGCUGGCUGUCUGGAGUGGACAUUAAUACUCAACAGUCCUUUGAGGCUCUUAGUGAAAGAGCGGUAGCUGUUGUCAUUGAUCCUAUACAAUCAGUGAAAGGAAAAGUUGUUAUUGAUGCAUUUAGACUAAUAAAUCCUAACAUGAUGGUUUUAGGACAAGAACCCAGACAAACGACGUCGAAUUUAGGUCACCUACAAAAGCCGUCUGUUCAAGCGUUGAUACAUGGAUUGAAUCGGCAUUAUUACAGUAUUAGUAUUAAUUAUCGCAAGAACGAACUGGAACAAAAGAUGCUGCUAAAUCUUCACAAAAAAACAUGGAUGGAUGGUCUUACUCUUGCCGAAUAUUCGGAACACAGUCGACUUAAUGAGAAUAUUGUUUCUGAGAUGCUUGAACUUGCGAAGAAUUAUAAUAAGGCUUUGGAAGAGGAGGAAAAGAUGACACCCGAACAAUUAGCGAUAAAGAAUGUGGGCAAGCAAGAUCCAAAACGGCAUUUGGAAGAGAAGGUCGACACAUUAAUGGCUACAAAUAUUGUUCAGUGCUUGGGAGCUAUGCUCGAUACAGUUGUAUUUAAAUAACUUUUCCGAUACAUCACUUGCAAUAUGAUAUUUAAAGGAAAUAUACAUCUUUUUAAAAUAGAAAUAUAUGACGUUUUGUUAUUUUUCAAAGUGGACACAAUGCAAAACACGAAUUAAUACAU